CAUUUCAAUUCGUUAUGUUCAAACUAUUUAUUUUCUCAACUUUGAUUCUGGCUCUUGGAGCAUACUACGGUCAGGUGCAAGCUGCCGUAUUGCCAGUAUCCUCAACAGAGGUUGCACUAGUGAGAUCAUCUGCUUCAACUACUUCAUCAUCUGAAACAUCAAUUGAUACAUUAGGAUCAUCCAGAGUUAAAAGACAAGGAGGAUGUGGUUGCUGUGGAUGUGGAUGCGGAUGCUGUGGAUGUGGUGGAGGAGGUGGAGGAUGCGGAUGCUGCUGUUGUAGACCAAGAUGCUGCUGCUGUUGCCGUCGUUGCUGCACAUGUUGCCGUACUUGCUGUUGUACAAGAUGUUGUACUUGCUGCCGUCCAUGUUGCUGUGGAUGUGGAUGUGGAUGUGGAUGUUGUGGAUGCGGAGGUGGAGGACGUAAACGUCGUUCUCUUCAGAAUCUUCGUAUCGAUGAAGCCAACAGAGCCCUCGGAAUCAAGAGACGACCAACCAAGGGAGGAGACAAUUGUUGAUUGCUUUACUAUUUUUUAUUUAUUUUUAUUUAUUUUCUUAAGUUAUUUUCCAACUAUUUCCUCAACAAUAAAUUAUUUGAAAGUAAUUCUAA